CCGUUUCCAAAAUAUGUCCUCAUUUUCUUGCUAUAUAUAUAAUUCUUUCCCACCUUUCAUUUUUCAUCUCACAUCCUCUGUGAUUUUCUUCAUCACUCUUUUACCCAUCUUCACCUUCGAUUUCUCUCUCCCUCUCUGUAACUUACCUCACACCAUAUAAAAAUAUUUUUAUUAAUAUAUAUAUAUAUGUAUCUGUGCUCAUAAAUGGGGUCUUGUUCUGCUUCUUGGGGCUUACAUUUAUGACUAGUAUUGUUUCGUUAGCAUCGCUGUGGAAUGUUUGUAUAGACAAGAGAUAAAAGAAAGAAUUUAAGAAGCUAUUUCAACGACAAUCUGCUCAGCUGCUGUAAUGGAGAGGCUUCAAGGACCCAUUAAUCCUUGCGUAUGUUCAUUGGAUUCUUGGGAGAACAUUUGAAUGUGGAGGGCUUAGAACAAGAAUUUCUCAACUCCGAGGCCUUAAAAUUUGAAGAUGAAGAAGCUACAUACUUCUCUAUGCCAAGUUCAGAAGACAAAAUGCCAUUUCUCCAGAUGCUUCAAAGUGUAGAAACCCCAUCAGUUUUCCCUUUAAAAGAACCCAACUUUCAGUCACUUUUGGGACUCCAACACCUGAAAAAAAAAACCUGGAAUGAAAUAAACCCUUACGUCUCUGAAAUGGAAAACCAAAUUCAGGUCUUAGAACUUGAAAGUUGUAUCACCCAAGAAUUAUUAGGCCUGCAUUCACCAGUGAAAUCACAGUCAGAAACCAAAGACCUCCGUAAUCCACAUUCAACUUCAUGGCUGGAAGGUGCGAGCUCAGAAUCCAACCAGGACCAACCCAACUCCAUAGAAGUCACUCACCCUAACCCACAAACCAGGUCUAAACACACCCAGUUGUCGAAAGCCCCUCCUGUAACUCGAGAAAGAAGAAAAAGAAAGCGAACAAAACCAACCAAGAACAAAGAAGAAGUAGAGAGCCAACGAAUGGCCCACAUUGCAGUUGAACGUAACCGCAGACAACAAAUGAACAACCAUCUCAAUACUCUCCGUUCUCUCAUGCCUCCAUCUUUCGUCCAAAAAGGCGACCAAGCAUCCAUUAUAGGGGGUGCAAUAGACUUCGUGAAGGAACUGGAGCAACUUUUACUAUCACUUGAAGCCCAGAAGAGAAUGAGAAUGGAAAGAACCACUGUAGAGGGUUGUGAUAGUGCCGCGUCAAGUAGCUCCACCGACAAGGCCAACGGACUUUUGGAAGUGAGUCCACGAAUUGUGAAUGAGGGGGAAGUGAGGGCUGAGAACAAUUCAAGUGGGGCAAAGAUUGAGGUGAUUGUGAUACAAAAUCAUGUUCACCUCAAGAUUCAAUGUCCAAGACAACCUGGUCUGUUGUUAAAAGCCAUUGUUGCCCUUGAAGAUCUUAAGCUUACGUUUUUGCACCUCAAUAUUACUUCCUUCCCAACUACAGUCCUUUACUCUUUCAAUCUGAAGAUAGAGGACGAGUGUAAGCUAGGGUCAUCUGAUGAGAUAGAAGCAGCAGUCCAUCAAAUAUUCAGCUACAUCAACGGUAGCCGAUUGGUCAAAUGGUUAAAAAAAGUUGACUUUAUGGCUUAGGAGGUGCAGAGCAGGUAGAGGCAGAGAAAAUUAAAAUGGGAGGUGAGAAAGUGAGAGUGGGGUGAAGGUGUCCGUAGGAAACUGGAUGCUUUGCAGAACAAAGAAUAUGAUGUUCAAGGGUAAACCCAAAAGAAGAUGGCUUGUUUGUUAAUUAUAAGAAAUUAGAAUAAAUAUGUGUGUAAGCAAGCAUGUGAGUGAGUGAGUGAUUUUGUUGGUAAUUUGCAUUAUUUAGGUUGUGGGUGGUGGGACCGGAUGAGUUUGGCCUGGUUGAGGAGUUUGAAAGUCUAAUAUUCUCAUGAUUAGAAAUUGUGAAUGAUGCGUCUCUUUUAUAUUGACUUUGCAGUAUGUCUGUUUGUUCAGAGAGAUAUGGUUGUUUCAUCAUGGGCCAUGUGCACUUUUCCAUGCUUUUAAGU